AUAUCACUCUGUGUCAUCUGGUCGAUGGGCCGCCCUUUGUUGUUCCUUUUUCGUUGCAUUACGUACAAAUAGUUGUUUCUGUGCUGGAAAAGGCAACGAGUCAACACGAGAGAAGCCGCAGCGGUUAAAUAGGCUAAACACGUUUAGAAGAG